UCAAGAUGGUGGAGAGCAAGAACACGAGGAGACAUAAGAUCAUGCCCAUUUUCUACAAUGUCACACCAUCCGAGGUAAAAUACCAGACUGAUCACUACGGCAAUGCCAUUGUUUCUCAUGCAAACAAGAAGCGGUUCGAUGAUGAUACUAUCGACAAUUGGAAGGCUGCUCUCAAUGAGGUUGGAGCACUAAAGGGAUGGGACUUCCAAAGCAUGCCAAACAGAGGUAAAGGUGAAUUUGUGAAAGAAGUUGUCAAUAAUGUUUUGAUUGAGUUGAAAACUGCCUACUUGGAAGUAUCGAUUGCUUAG